AUGAGCAGUUCAGUUAGCUCUAUUCUAUCUCCCAAGAGGAAGCAGCCCAGCUAUUCUACCUCUCCAGAGGAAGCAGCCCAGCUAUUCUACCUCUCCAGAGGAAGCAGCCCAGCUAUUCUACCUCUCCAUAGGAAGCAGCCCAGCUAUUCUACCUCUCCAGAGGAAGCAGCCCAGCUAUUCUACCUCUCCAGAGGAAGCAGCCCAGCUAUUCCACCUCUCCAGAGGAAGCAGCCCAGCUAUUCUACCUCUCCAGAGGAAGCAGCCCAGCUAUUCUACCUCUCCAGAGGAAGCAGCCCAGCUAUUCUACCUCUCCAGAGGAAGCAGCCCAGCUAUUCUACCUCUCCAGAGGAAGCAGCCCAGCUAUUCUACCUCUCCAUAGGAAGCAGCCCAGCUAUUCUACCUCUCCAGAGGAAGCAGCCCAGCUAUUCCACCUCUUCAGAGGAAGCAGCCCAGCUAUUCCACCUCUCCAGAGGAAGCAGCCCAGCUAUUCCACCUCUCCAGAGGAAGCAGCCCAGCUAUUCUACCUCUCCAGAGGAAGCAGCCCAGCUAUUCCACCUCUCCAGAGGAAGCAGCCCAGCUAUUCCACCUCUCCAGAGGAAGCAGCCCAGCUAUUCUACCUCUCCAGAGGAAGCAGCCCAGCUAUUCUACCUCUCCAGAGGAAGCAGCCCAGCUAUUCCACCUCUCCAGAGGAAGCAGCCCAGCUAUUCCACCUCUCCAGAGGAAGCAGCCCAGCUAUUCCACCUCUCCAGAGGAAGCAGCCCAGCUAUUCUACCUCUCCAGAGGAAGCAGCCCAGCUAUUCUACCUCUCCAGAGGAAGCAGCCCAGCUAUUCCACCUCUCCAGAGGAAGCAGCCCAGCUAUUCCACCUCUUCAGAGGAAGCAGCCCAGCUAUUCUACCUCUCGAGGAAGCAGCCCAGCUAUUCCACCUCUCCAGAGUAAGCAGCCCAGCUAUUCUACCUCUCCAGAGGAAGCAGCCCAGCUAUUCUACCUCUCCAGAGGAAGCAGCCCAGCUAUUCCACCUCUCCAGAGGAAGCAGCCCAGCUAUUCCACCUCUUCAGAGGAAGCAGCCCAGCUAUUCUACCUCUCGAGGAAGCAGCCCGCUAUUCCACCUCUCCAGAGUAAGCAGCCCAGCUAUUCUACCUCUCCAGAGGAAGCAGCCCAGCUAUUCUACCUCUCCAGAGGAAGCAGCCCAGCUAUUCCACCUCUCCAGAGGAAGCAGCCCAGCUAUUCCACCUCUCCAGAGGAAGCAGCCCAGCUAUUCCACCUCUCCAGAGGAAGCAGCCCAGCUAUUCCACCUCUCCAGAGGAAGCAGCCCAGCUAUUCCACCUCUCCAGAGGAAGCAGCCCAGCUAUUCCACCUCUCCAGAGGAAGCAGCCCAGCUAUUCCACCUCUCCAGAGGAAGCAGCCCAGCUAUUCCACCUCUCCAGAGGAAGCAGCCCAGCUAUUCCACCUCUCCAGAGGAAGCAGCCCAGCUAUUCCACCUCUCCAGAGGAAGCAGCCCAGCUAUUCCACCUCUCCAGAGGAAGCAGCCCAGCUAUUCCACCUCUCCUCCAGAGGAAGCAGCCCAGCUAUUCCACCUCUCCAGAGGAAGCAGCCCAGCUAUUCCACCUCUCCAGAGGAAGCAGCCCAGCUAUUCCACCUCUCCAGAGGAAGCAGCCCAGCUAUUCCACCUCUCCAGAGGAAGCAGCCCAGCUAUUCCACCUCUCCAGAGGAAGCAGCCCAGCUAUUCCACCUCUCCAGAGGAAGCAGUCCAGGCAGCGAUUUAGAAGUCAAUCUGUUUUCCCCUCCUCUCCUCCUCUGCUUGAGUUGCUCCUAG